ACUAGAUCAAAAGGGAUCUGCCUGGCAGAGGCCCCUGCUCCUGAUUUGCUAUGUAGAGUGGGUUUAUUUUGGAGCUUUCCCUGUUUGGGCUUGUUCACAGUUCUAAUUCCAGGCUGCCCUAGAGCCCAAGGUGGGAUAUGUGGGAAGCAGGAGAAGACAAACGACAACAACAACAACAACAACAACAACAGACACAAAAAACAACAACAACAACAGCAACAACAGACACAGAAAAACACACCCUCAAACAAAAAGUCAGAGCUUCAUUGCUUUAUUGUCCUUUAAAUGCUGUACUCCCUACUUCCUUGGCCUUCUGUCAUCCACCUUUCAGAAUUAUCUGAUAGUGAUUUUAUAUAUUCAGUCCAGUAUUUUUAGUUGUAAUCAGUAGGAAAGAUCAGAUGGAGUGUGCUUAGUCUACCUUAUAUGGAACCAGAGCCCCUCUAUAUAAUUUGUAAUGCUUUAUCCAGUAUUUUUCACUACAUUGAAUAGUUAAGGGUAGUAUCCUUGAGUGUAGUGUAAUUCAAUAUAUCAAUCUAUCCAUAUAUUCGGGAUCCAGCACACAGUAUUUGAUAUGUUGUAUAAAUUUGGCGAUACAACCCUAUUCUACCCUGUUUUAAUUAUUUUUGUUAUUAUUUUUAUUGAAGCACAGUACCAUUUUUGUUUUAAUGUUUGUAUAGCUUUUCUGCCCUUGGCAGGAGGAGUUAUCUUCAUAUUUAGACUAUACUUUCAGUUUCUUUAUGGUUGCCAAAUCGACUUUUAGUUUUCAUUUGGAUUACUGCUUUGCUUUGCCGUGCUGGAAAUUCUUUGUUGGAGAAAUGUCUUCAGAGUCAGAAAAGGAUAAAGAGAGACUGAUUCAAGCUGCCAAAAUAUUCUUCUUUCAUGUACAAGAUCUUGCUUCUGUCACAAACACUGAAUUGGUUAACCGCAGUAUGAAUACUCAAAUCCUUUUGAUGGCUGUGAAAAACAACAGUAACAUUAAGGAUUUUUUUGAGCAAAUGCUCAAAAUUUUUAAGGAGAUGCAAUCUGUAGUGGAUGCAAGACAUGACAAAAUUCAAAAGGAGUCUUUAUGUUCCAAGGUUGCAAUGGCCAUGUGCUCUGUGUUUCAGAAGAGUACCAAUGUAGAGGAGUUGCAUGAGUCAGCUAAAGAAGUAUUCAAAAGUGCCCAUACACCAGUCAUCAUCUCUGUGCUAAACAGCAGUAACAUCCUUGGGAGUCUGGAAUCUUCUCUUUCACACUUGAUGAAAUUCCCCAUCAUGAAUCUUCAAUUAAGUGACUUCUAUACAGAAGACACCAAAGAGCAAUCAGAUGUCACCACAUCUGAGAGAACCAGGAGUCCAGGUUCUUCCAAAACCACUAUGAUAGACACCUUGAAGAAACUGCAGGAUGUACUAAAAACUGAGGAUUCCAAAAAUCCCACAGAGUCAGCAGCAGAUUUGUUGGAACAAAUUGUCAAGGCUAUUGGACCAAUCUUAGAGAUCCUCCAAAAAGCCACAAAGACUAUGGAAAUGAAUAUUUCUGCGUUUAAGAAAGCCAGUGACAAGUAGGGAUGCAAUAGAAAUGUUCAUUUCUGUCAGAAAACUACUUAAAAUCUUACGGUUUUUCAUAGUGGUUUCUAAGAUCUUUUGAUGCCAAACAUGUGCUAUGUUAGAACGUAAGUACACAAAAGUAAUCUGGUAAAACACUUACCUGUAGUUUUGCUUUAUUAAAAUAAAAAGAAAUAAUUAAGAAA